UUUUAAAUCGCCCACAUUUAACACAAAAAAAAAUUGCGCCACUGGUUUUCCACAAUUUCAAUUGAGAUAAGGGUUAUCUUUCGAUACACUCUUGAACUUGCAUCAGUCUGGAACGAGCACUACGCGCGGUUUCAUAUCGCAACGAUGGGUUUCCUAUCGACUGUGUUGUUUUCGGCCUUAUUCGCUCUGAUAGCGUUCAAGAUUUAUCUGAAAUUGGUGAUGGCGUGGUGCCGAAGCCAAGUGUGUCUGGUGGGCAAAACCGUGGUCGUCACAGGUGCAAAUACAGGGGUGGGCUACGAAGCAGCUAUCGAUUUCGCGAAACGUGGGGCGGAAGUGAUCCUCGCGUGUCGGAACGAAGACAAAGCAGCGGAGGCGCGGGACCGGAUCAGACGGGAAACCGACAACCCCAACGUAUCCUACGUGUUGGUCGAUUUCGCGUCGCUGGCGUCGGUCAGACGCUGCGCGGACGAAAUCAAGAAAAAGCUGAAACGUUUGGACGUGCUAGUGAACAACGCGGGGUCGGGGAAUCAACGCGGCUUCACCGAAGACGGCCUCGACAAGCAGAUGCAAACGAACUACUUCGGGCCGUUUCUGCUCACCAAUUUGCUACUGGACCUGAUCACCAAUACGCCCAAGUCGAGGAUAGUGAACGUGUCGUCCACCGGAGCGAAAUAUGCCAAACCGAUAGAGUUGGAGUCGUUGAACGAUGACCCGGGACCGAUCAUGAUGUACGCGAGAACGAAACUGUGCAACGUGCUGUUCACCAUAGAACUGGCUCGGAGACUGAGGGGCACCACGACCACAACUUAUUCCCUGCAUCCCGGAUCGGUCGCCACCGAGAUAUUCCGGGAUUUGUCGCCGCACCUGAGUCUGCUCUACAACUACGCGUUCAAAUGGUUCUUCAAGACAGCGACGGAAGGCGCGCAGACGACCAUAUAUUGCGCGGUACAAAAGGGCAUCGAGCAGUAUACGGGCGAGCAUUUCGAAGACUGCAAAUAUGUGACGAGGUACGAGUCCGCUCGCACCGACGACCCCGAACUGCCCAGGAAGUUGUGGGAAAAUAGCGAACUACUAGUCAAACUGAAGUGAAAAAGUUAGGUUUUUUUUCUCCCCUCAUUUCUACUCCAAAAAAAUUAAAGACGUUUUUAAAGUACUCGGUAAAAAUUUGUUCAAAUAACUCCUACCUUCUUCUCGAACCCGACGGUUCAUUAAGCAAAAAUAAAACAAAAAAAUACCUAACAGAGUCAUGUCGAUUAGGCUCUCUAAACAGACUUAAGCACACUUGAAAAAGGCUUUGCAAGACAUUCAAACUACCUAAGAGAGUCACGUCCAUUGGGCUCUGCAAACAUAGAAAAAUGUUUUAAAAGUCCAAAAUUUACAAACAAAAUUACGCUAAACAUUACAACACAUAUUAACCGCACUAAAAUCAUAC